GUACACAUACAUAUAUAUCAGCAAAUGCAUAUGAAUAUAUGACCACAUAUAUGUAAAUCUGUGUGACCUCAUAGUUGAACUAAAUAAUUGGAAGCAUGCGUUCGAUUAAUGCGGCGCUGAUUAAGUGGUGUUGACUUCAAGUGAAGCUCAUUCAUUCCCAAUUCUAGUUUUAUUCGUUUUUCGUUUUCCUCUUCUUACAACUUUCGUUUUUGUGACUUGAUUAGAAUGCGUGUCAUAAAAUCUCUUUUUCAUUUGACAAUCAAUUGAUUGUUGCAACACUUUACAUGCACUUUUGAUGGCUUUUGAAUGGGCUUAGAAUUAAAAUGGGGCAACCGCAAUCAUCGAAAUUUGUUGUCUGCUGCCUGUUAUUGUUGUUGUUGCAUUGCAAAAGCGUGCUUGUUGAAUAAGUUUAUUGCUCUGGUCGUUUUGUAAUUCUUCUUGUUUGUUGACUUGAUAAUUAGGAUUUAUUGAAAGGCUUUUGAAAUUGUUGUUGUUAAAGUGAUUUGUUGUUAUGUUUCUGUGUAUUUGAAAUUUAUUUGGUUUUAUUGAGUCUCUGGUGGAUAAUAUUACAGCUUAGAGUUUAUAGAUGCACAAUUUAGCGUUUUUAUGUGAAAACUUUGUGGUAAAGUAAGCUUCGGAUUUAACUUUUUUUCUUGAAAAAUCAAAUGAAAAUUAUUGAGAAAUAAAAUCUCCGUCUAUAUCUACUAAGAAUCAAUGUGGUAUGAAAUCAAUCCGCAAUUUCUUGCCGAUAUAAAAACGUUAGGAUACUUAUACCACAUAUAUCACACGCCAGUUCUCAAAUUGAAAUAGAUGACGAGUUAGUCUUAGCCUGUAGUGUCUUUUUACUCUUUAACGGAGCUCUUCCAUUGUUGUUAUUCAAAUAAUAAACUUCACUCCUAAAAACAAAAUGAAAUGGAGUGGAGUAUCUGAGAAGCAGAUCUGAGAGACACGCAUCAGAAACUAUUUUGACUUUAUCCAGCCGACAUAAUAAUAAUAAUAUACUUAAAAUUUCCCUGAACUAUAUGCUAGUUUUCGCCGAGAUUGUAUGAUUCAAGUGAAAGGUCUCACUAUUUUUUAGUCAUUUCUAGACUUUUAUCGUCUUCAUAAGGAAAAGCCAUUGAAUUGAUUAUCUUUCAAUAGGGAUCACUAUGAUUACCGGACUUACUACUUGAUUACUGACUUCUAUUCCAGAGAUUCGAAACUGGUGAGAACUAACUUUCUUAUAAGAAUCCUCUUUUUAGUUCAUUUUAUUCUUCAACUCCUUUUCAUUUACUUUUAUUGCAUAACCAAAUAACUAGGCUUAGUAAGUAGUACUAUUAAGCCUUCAAAAAUCUGCUGAGGUUAUUUUGAAAUAAAAAAUAAUUAUGAUUUUUAUAUAUUAGUGAGGCUCACUGCGCCCCAGAAUCUCGAAGUAGUUUACUGUAAGCAAAAACUCUUCACCAGCAGUCACCAGUAGUUGUCUUUAUGAAGUAAAUUGUGCAUUUUCGUCGUCAGCAUAGCGAAUUCAAAUUACAAUAUGUGCCUAUAGACAUUAGAUCUCAAAUGUAACUGCCACAAUACAAACGAAAGCUUAGACUAGAAAACGCGACAUGACAGUACAACAUUUUCAAUUAAAGCUAUUUCUCUACAAAAAAAGCUUUGCUUUUCCCACACAGAAACUUUUUACAUAUAUAAAUCCUCAUAGCUUUUCCAAAGCACUUGAAAACCGGCUAAAAUAACUUUCGCUGACAAGAGCUUUUGCGCAAUCCUUAGCAGUUAACCAAACCAUUUCGUAUCAGCUGUUAACAAAGCUCUCCAUCAGCUGUUUCAGAUCUACCGGUAUGUUACACCCACGCGAUUAUCACUUUUGUUUUGUUACCAAUAUUCGCGUGCAGCAAGAAAACUAAAUGUGACAACAACUAUGCAAUGUUUUCGGCGGAGCUGCACAACAUCGUUUAUAAGCCACUUGCUCGAUUGAUAGCGCGGCCGAGUGAAGCUGUGUACGAGUGGCCAACACUAUUCGACUCGUGUGUGCGCUCAGAGCGCUCUCGUGAGUAAAUUCUACACAGCGACGCUCAACUGCCAUACAUACAGAUGUACGUUAUCAGGUCACAGCAGCCACAGGCCCACCACCAACCGCCAAAAAUAAAUUCCCACCGCUGUGACCACGAUUCUAAGCCAAACAAAUCACUUGCUUACAGCUUGCGGUGGCCUCUUCAAUAACCGACUUUUUGUUAAGUUUGGCGCGCUUAGCGCCUUUUAGCGCGUCUCUUGCCGGCUUCCGUCAGACUCAGCCAGCUCGCAGCUGUGAGCUGGUGGGGUAUGCACACGAGCAAGUGGUAUUGUGUUGUACCGGUUCGUUGUCGACGCGUGUCGGCUGAGCGGCAAGUGUGGCACUCGGUUCCUCUUAUCGCUGACAGUAAACACUAGCCCCCUACCCCCACUUGCUAAGAAGUCUCCAAAUAAAGUGUUGGCUACGUUUGUAACGGUAUGCAAACACAGAUGCUGGAGACUCAAUGCUGCCUCGUAUGUGUGUCAGUGUGUGAGCGGAGGAGGAAGUUGCGUACGGUUAUGGGUUAUUGUUUGUGUGUGUGGGUGUAUGUACGCAUGCGAUGAGCUUACACAUCGCCGCCAAUUCAACUCGGAAAUCAGUUCGUGUUUUGAAUUUCUCCGGAUCGCAUGGCAGCAGCGGAAGAUUGCAGAGCGUCAAGUGUACGCGAAUGAUAAUUCAAUAAAAAAAAUAUUAAAAGAAUAAAAAAUAUUUGAAAAAUUUGUGAAAAUAAAUUUGAAAAAUGUGUUGAAGAAUUUUUAUUUCAAUAAUUUCAAAAAAAUGUUUUUUAAUAAAAGUGUUAGUAUAUGUAUAUUCACUGCUCAUAUACUUAGCCAGUUAGUGAUGCUAACUAGCUUUGUUUGCCAAGAUAAAUUUGCCAAGAUAGUGUUGAUUAAUAUUAAAGCGUUUGAUAACUGGUUAAGUGCGUAUGGAGGAUAGAGUGGUAAUCCUGGGAAAAACCAAUAAAAUAUUACAGUUAUACGGUAGUCGUUACAUGUGCGGUGCAUGCAACAAAGCAGUCGAAAUGAAAACCGCAAUAAAAAUAGUUGCAACCGUACAGUAACUGUGAUGAAAAUAAUUGCAAUUGCAGCGAAUUGUUGAAAUUGCACAAAAGGAAAACGAAUACAACAACAAAUAAAAUGUCAUAACAACAAAUAUAAUAAUAUAAAUGACUAUAAGUGCAACGAAAAAAAAAACAAAAAAAUAGUUUAACAAUCAAGCGAGUUGGUGGACCUGCGCUUAAGGAAGGUGCAACACUAAAGAACAACAACAAAAAGCGAGUGAAAAAUAAAUUUAAGUGAAAAUUCAAAACAAGAAAAGGUAGAGUAAGGUAAAUAAAGACGCAGUGCGGCGUAUACUUAAUGUAACUGUCCCUGCCGUUAGGUUAACGUAAUCCUGUUGCAAGCAUAUACAAGCUGCUUUCAUGUUGCAAGUAGCAUGUCAGCAAAUUAAGGAAAGAAUUAAUCAUCUACUCGAGGAUAACUGACAACGUGGCAACUUGGUUGCGGCGACCACAGCUGGAGGAUAACAGCACCGACCAAACGAGCGGCCGACCGCUGGUGACAGUGUUGCAAGUCUUAUAGCGUGUGUGUGUGUUUCUGUUUCAAUUGGGUGGCCAACACAAUGGCCGACGAAUCAUGCAGAAGAAUGUAAUUAACGUGCAGUAGAGCAAAAGGACGCAAUUGGCAAUAACAAAAACAACAACUCAAGUUGUUGCAACAAUUUUAUGAUCGAAAUUCACAGCGAAAGCGCAUUAUAAUUGAGCAAGCGGAAGGUGGUGGGAGAAAACAACAACAACAAGAAAUAUUACAAAAAAAUACAACAACAAUGUAGUGUUUUAAGCAGUACGCACCAGAAUAUAACACAAACGUGUGAAAACGAGGCAUUUAAACAACAACAGCAACAAUUGUAGUAGCAAUUACAGAGCAUUGGUGAAACAACUUGUUAAUUGCAUGCACUUUCAACACUCAAUUGUAACAACAACAACACAAUUUAAAGUCAAACGUACAGCAGACAGUACAAGAGUACGUGCAACAGGCAAAACAAAGCAAAAGCUGACAACAAAGUGAUGCUAGAACAAAAGAAUAAACUACAAUUACAACAACAAUGACAAGCUUUUAAACCGCAGCAAAUUCAAUAGCCACUGGGAUUUGUGAUUUUAACAGGCCUCUGUACAGACGCAGUUCGCCUACAACAGAGUAUAAUUAAGGCAGCGCAUAGUACUUGCAACUCAGUGCGUUGCGCAUAAGUUGCAAGUAUACUUGCUACAAGAUACAAGAACCACACUGGUCACACAAAUUGCAACAACAUUUAUGCCCGUCAUACACAAAGUGAAACAGCAGCUUCCGCAAGCAUAACAACUACUUGCAACACACGACACAACGGGCCGCAACAGUAGUAGCACUAGUACUGUAAGUAGUACUACAACAGCAACAACACCAAUGAAUGGUGGUUUUCGCAUAACGGGCUAUCCAGCUGCUGCUGGCGCUGCCACAGCGACAAGCACACCGAGCAGCAGUGGCGGACCGACAAGCUCCGAUACAACAUUGCAAGUCGGCAACACGCUGUCGAACGGUGCAACAAUGCAGCAUACAAACAACGGAAACACAAAUAAAAUCAACAACGAUAUUGGCGCUCAUCAAGGCAACGGUGGCAGCAAUAAUGCCUUUUUGAAGCACUAUAAUCCGAUGCUUGGCAGUGUUUCCAGUCAACAGUCACAGCCACAGCCACAGCCACAGCCACAGCCACAGCCGCAUUUGCAACUGAAGCAAUUGCAAUUGCAGCGCGAACAGCGCGAACGCGCGCUGGACCUGCACAUUAGCGAGUAUCAACCGCCAACACCGACACAAUUCACCACCGUGGCGCCACCGCUUUGCGGCAGUACGGCCGCGCCGAUUGCGCUGAAAGGCAAUAAUCCUUUUCUGAAUAGUCCCUCACCCACGGAGACAACAGCUGCGCCUGUAAUGGCUUUUGGUUAUGCCACAACAACAACAACAGCACCAACAACGUCUGCAGCAAUAAGCGGUAGUACAAACAGUCUUGCUGGCGCGUCACACAGUGGCGGCUAUGAGAUGCCCGAGUAUGCGGAACCGCAACGUUUUCGCGCGCACAAACAAACGCGACCGCACAGCAUUGCUGUUGCCUCCAUGAGCGCCAGCAUGUCGGCGAACAGCUCCGCAGCGGUGUCUACUACAUCCACUUCGGGCGCGACCAGUUACAACAGCAGCAACACUAAUGAUCUGGCUUACAGCACGCUGCGGCGCACGCCUAAGGCGAUGCCCAACAGCUUUGUGGACUACGCCUCUCGACAUCAGCUGCAGCAGGAGGAGCAGCUGCGGCAACAGCACGCCCAUUUACAGCAACAACAACAGCGCUUGUUGCAACUCACGCGCCAGCAGCAGCAAUUACGCAGUGGCGGCACUGGCAGUAACUCGGGCACACCUACGUCCGGCGUCAGUGCAACAACGUCGGCGGGCACGCCCACUCCUGCGACCAGCGUGGACAAAGAGGCUUUGUAUGCGGCGCUUUUUCAACAAUACCGUAACAGCCCAACGCGUGCGCCACACACAACACUACCGCUCAAGUUGAGCGGCAAUGCAACACAUACACCAACAUCUUUGAACAUUGUCGUGACGAGCUCUGCCGCUUCCACUAGCAAUUACUGUCCACCAGUGCCACUGCAUCGUAAUCAAAAUAUAUCCAGCGCUGGUUUACAAUUACACCAACAACAGACAGCGGGUAGCGGGUUGCUGCAGCAACCGAUUGUGCCACGUCGGUCGCACAGCACGCCGCGUCCACUCAAAGCUUUCAGCGAACAACAGCCGCCGCAAUCGCCACAGCAACCGCUUUCACCAGCAGUGAAUAGCGCGCAGUUGAACGGUGGCACAGCGCCACGGCCACGCAGUUUGGAUCGCUUCAACAACGAGUCCAAACCGGUUGGACUCUAUCAGCCUCCACCAAUACCCAUGCGUCGAUUUCCGCCAGGCGUUACAAACACGCGGCAGUCACAGGGUAGUCCACAGCCGGAUGCCGGUAGUCCUACACCUAAAUUCAGCGGAAAGAAGAGCACAAGCAUCGAUAACAUACGCAACAGCUUGUCGGCCACGAGCGCUUCUGAUUUAAACAUGUUGGCUAAUAAUGCAAGCACCGGCGGCAUGCGCCAUUCGAUCACCUUUCACGGUCGCAGCCAAUCGGGUCAAAUUAAUGCGGAACAUAACUACAAUGGUGACCUAGCUGCUGUGAGCACUACUGCCAAUACGCUUAGCACGAACAACGUCACGAAUGCUGGUACUUGGCACAAGACCGAUCGCCCGCUGUCUUAUGCAUAUGGCGCAAGCGCACCCGAUCAAGCCUAUCUGGAGAACCAACUGCGUGCUUACUCUGAACAAUUACGCACCAUAACAGAAAGUGUGCGUAAGUACUCGGAGCAGGCGAAAUUGCUCUCUGAACUGAAGCGACAGCAGCAGCUCGCCAAAGCACAGCAACUCCAACCAAAUAGCGGCAACAAUAAUUCGCUCACAGUGGGUGCAAAUGCGACAUCACAAGGUCUGCAGGUGCCAAGCUCGCAGAGCAGCAGCAAUUUCUCUUCGAAUAUGAUCUCUCCAGAGAUUGUAAGUAAAUCGCUGGCUUCGCUCUGCUCUUCGACCGAGCCGCAGACACCUUCGCACCAGCUACGUCUAUUUCUCGAUAACAUACGCAGCACCAUGCGUACCGAAUAUCAUCAGAAUAUACCAGAGGAGAUGCUUAAGCCCAUAACUGAGUCAAAGUCGCCAACCAAUUUACAGCAACAGGCAACGCCACAUCAACAACAGUUGUCACAUACGCAAUCUCCAGCGCAACCACAAUCUUUGAUGGCAUAUAAACGUCCGAAUCUCGACGAAACACUACGCAGUUCACCUGUGCAAUCGACAACUGCCACAAAUGCUGCCAAUAAAGUACGCGACAACGAACUACCCACACCAUCCGAUCAACUCCGGCUCUUCCUCGACGCUAUACGUUCGAAUAAGAUACCCGAAACCGAUGAAAAACCGAAGCUCGUCAAUUCACAAACACUGGACUCUUUCAUUUCCAAACCACUACAGAUGCCGGACGUCACAUCUGGCACGCCUGGCGUGCAGCUUAGCGGCAUGCCACCCACACGACGGCGUCCUAAGAGCGCAAUUGCCACGUCUAAAUUGGAGAAUGAGCAAGGUGAGCAUUCAAUGAUUACCUCGGAGAGUUUCCAUCAGAUCUCCGACAAUUUGCGUUUGAUGAGUGAAGAUCUGAAAGCGCUCAGUCCCAGCAAGGUGGUGGUGAGUAACUCUGCAAGUAGCGGUAACUUAAAAAUAAGCGCCGGUACCACCUCAUCGCUCUCACCCUCGCUAACCACCGAGCUACGUGUCAUAACCAGCCACUCACCGCUCAGCACAUCACCUACAAAUCAUCCUGGAACACAUUAUGCGCCGCUCAGUCGUGCGAACGUCAGCACUUUUGGCGCCAGCUCUGCUUCGUAUGGUGCUCAAACGAGCACAAACUCACCUUCGCCUUCACAAUCGACACAUUCGCAAUCGACGAGUGCGACGACCACACCCUCUACGGCACCGCUUAUGACGGACUUUAAUGCGAUACUUGAUAGCUUUCAGGAAAUGGCUGACAAGUACAAAUCCAAAGGUUCCUACGAUUAUCUGCGUAAGUGUUCGGAUGCCUUGCGUCAGCACUCGCAACAAUUAAAAUUGCGCGAACAGCAACAGCAACAGCAGCAAAUGUCGAACGGUGGCUGUGGUGGUGGUUACAUGAAUAGUGAUGACAGCAGUUCGUGUAGUACCACACCGGGUAGCAUACGUGAGGCUGUGCAAAAUCUGUUGAUGCAACCCAGAAAUGGAUUUCAGAUACUCGACGAUCGCAUGCGGCUGUUCAUUGACAUUAUCGAUAGUCAAGAUCGCCUGAGUCAGGUAAGACGAAUACUACUUUUAACUUAUUACUAAAACAGCAAUUGUGGUAAGCCAAAAUUUAAAAAUUCAACAAAACUAAAUUUCCAUAAACUAAAUUCUGUCUCUCAACCACACGAAAUAUUCAAAGCUUUUGCUCUUUUCUCCAAAGAACCACAAUUUCUGUCACAUGCGUGUAGAUUUCAAUUAGAGAUAUACAACUGAUAAAUACACUGCUAUUCAGAUAAUAGAAACAACAAAGAAAAUAGCGGACGAGCAACUAAAAUGAAGAGCGACAGACAAGUACAAGCUUCGAAGGACAAAAUCAAAUUUAAUUUUUUAUUCAAAACGCACACAAUGACAAUCUUAAAUCGCUCAUUUUGCCACAAAAUGCGCAGGAUGCGAGCUUAAGUUUUUAUGGCGCUCACAGACACAGUAUAUAAGUAUAUAUCUGUCUCUCUAUGUGUGAGUCUCUGCGUGACAGCCUCACUGUCAGCGUAUAAGUGUGUUCGCGUGUGUGCGUUGGCAGGCGUAGCGAAUGAUUGAUGAGCAUUUAUUAUUAAAUACUGUGUUAAAAGGAAGUGCCACGAAGCGCCAUGGAGUGGCGGCACUAAGCCACGUUGCGCGCCAGCAAAGUGACGAAAAAUGCUUAAACAAUUGACUGCUGUUUGCCACAAGAGGACACGAAUGCUAAGUGGGGCAGCAUCGGAAAACAUUUCGCUGCUUGUGUGUGUGGGCACUUAUGUAAAUAUGUAUAACUGUGUGUGCCAAAUAUAAUUCAAGCAAAUCUACUCAAAAUCAUUCGCUGCUAUUUCCAUUUUACUUUGCGCACAAAGACACACAUUUAAAUUCAAAUUAGUUUUCAAUUUGUUUGAGCGUUUGUUGAGGCAGUUACAGUUGACAGAUGCUGCUUGAAUGGCAGUUAGAAAUGUUGGGAAAAAUUAGAUAAAUGGAAAUAAUAAGGGAGCUGUGAUACCAGGAAUUGAUAUUAAAUAAUUCUGAAAAAAGAUUUUUGUUUAAUUACACUGUUACUUUCGAAUAAAAAAUACCGAUUUUUAUCUAUUCGAUUUUUUUUAUUCAAAAAACUUAAGAAAAACCUUAAAGAAGGAAAGGUAAACUCUUGAAGAAUAAUAAGUUCGACUCUUGGCCAAUAGUAGACCGAACGGGCCUUUAGAUCAUUGGUGAUAUUUUCUCUCAAAUAAAUACUUAGUUUGGAUUAUGAAAUUUGACAUCACCCGAAUUAAAAUGUAGAUCAAGAACACAGAUAAUACUUCAUUAUGAAAUUAUAACACGAUUUAGAAAGGAGCAGUGACGGAUAUAUUGCUUCACCUUUAGGGAGGUGACGAACUACUCGGAUAGUAGAGCGGCGAAACUAGCCCUGAUUUCACCGACCAUGUGCUCAGGAUUGGUUACUUUUCAAUCAGAUUAGUCUGGGCCACUGCGCAAUCGAGGGGAAUUGUAAGAUCCUUCUGGCCAAAGGUAAACCGCGGUAGGUCUACCGAACUUUUCGUCGUCAGUAAACCUGACCUCUCCUUAGUCAAAUAUUUGUAGUAGGUUCAGGGUACUUUGUCGACUACUAAUUGUUAAUCUAGGGGGAUCCAGGCUUCACAAAGGACUACAUUUUAAAGUCUACGUGUGUUUCGCCUUGGGAAACAGCCUUACAACCUAACCUUACCUAACCUAGAAAGGGUUUACAUAGGAAUGUAACCACUACUAUUCGACUUUCAAAGCUUUAGAAUGUAUAGAAUACAAAACUUGAUAAAAAGUCUUGAAACAUUACUUCCUUGGGUAAUCUUCUUUAACCAGGUGAGACGAAAUAUCUUCCUUACCUAGUUGAGAUGAAAGACUCCACAUUUUUGUACUUAUUAAAUCUAGUAAUCCUCUAUAGUAUAUGAGUUCAGAAAUGUUCGUAUUUCAACAAAUUUAUUUCCCAGAAACUCAUAUCUAGACGGGCAAUUGUAAAGAGUUGUGUCAUCUCAAGCUUUUCUCAGGAAAUGUGAGCUGUGACGGACAGCAAGUUUUCUGUACACAUAAUUGUAAUGAAAAGUAGAGUCCACCAAGAGUUCACCAUCAGUCAUACCACCAAGACAAUAAAGGUACAUGACCUCAACUUGUCAACUGAGAACCAGAGCGAAUUUACAUAAAGUUAGAUUCACAUCUAUUUGACAGGGGGUUAAUUGUUUUAGAGAGAGAACUUUCCAUAUAUACGUACAUAUAUUCGAUCAAGAUAUAAAUUGUAAGUAUUUUAUGCUUACCUCGCGUUGAUAACUCUAUUAGUUCCACUUCAAUGUAAACUUUCUUAAGUACUUCAACAAAUAAUAAAUAAUCUAGAAAUAAACUAAUUGCCGUGUUACUAUUAUAUUCUUCUUCUUUCUACUUUAGCAUUGCGGCUAAAUCAAUAAUUUCUGCUUUUUCUAAAGAAACUGUGAGCGCAUUACUUUGCCUCGUUAGACAUUUCUUCUAGAGCCACUUCAAGAAUCUGUUUACUGUGUUUGCUUAUAUCUUUCACUUCUUAAAUUAAACAAUAAGUGUAAUCAAUUAUAUUCAUCAAAUAUGAAAAAAAGUUGCGAAAUCAGCGCUGAUACUAAGCAGCCACUUAGUCCACACUCAACCCAAGCGCACAAAAAUUUUUCAACAGCAGGCUCUAUGCAGCCUUUUGUUUAUCUUUGCCACAGCUAAGUUGACGGCUGCAACCGCCAACAAAGAAAACACGCAGCAGGGAGAAAGCGAAAGCAGCAGAAGUGAAGAAAAACGCAAACGCCGCAGAAAAAGUUUAUUUGUUUUAGCUACAUAACUGCUCUUUGUUUUUUUUUUUACUUUUACUUGUGAGUUGUUGUUUUGUGUGUUGCCAACUUUUAGGCGGCUUGCCAGGCAAUGCAUAACCGUUAUGUGGAUUUCACAUGUUCGUUCGCUCUCAUGCUUUUAUUGCCGUGUUUAUUUUAUUGUCUGCAAAUGCGUUUAUGUGUGGCAUGCAUUAGAGAGAGUUUGCUCUUUUUUUAGUUCUCAUGUGAUUUAAAUUUAUGUUUGUUUGCUUAGUAAUUGAAUUCUUCUCUUUUUGUUUUCAAUUUAUUUUGCGUACUUUUUUUAAGGUACUCUUUUUUCUUAUUCCAAAGCAUUUUUAAAUAUUUCUUUUGUUUGCUUUUCAUAUAAUUAUAUUCCUCGCCGCGCUAGCAAUAAUUCUUCCACAAAUGACAAUAUAUAAUACAUUAUUCCGAUUAUGCGCGAGUCGCGAAGCAUAUUUAGAACUCUCUACAUAUUAAAUAUAGUUCCAACUCUUUUUUGGAGGAACAUUCCUUGGCUGUCAGUAGUGUCAUGUAAGCAAGUUCUCUGACUAUUUUUUUCUAAAAGCUAAACCCCUCAUCGAACUAUAUAUCGGAGUAAUUCCUAAAAAAAAAUUCUCAUAAUCUUAUUUAUUAAGGACAUUAUAGUUCACCAAAUUCAGAGGCAUAUUACUGCCUUAACGUAUUAACAUUAUAGACCGCCCCUGAGUGGUAUAAUAAAAAAUAAUAAUUUUUCGAAAGGUCAAUUUGGCGGAAUAUAAUUUCCACGAGAUUUUUUUCUUGUUUUCGGAGGUUUUGGAAUAGUUCCCAUUAGUAAAGUAAAGAUCUCAUUAGGACUCUUCAAUUUUAACGCAUACUUCAUUAGAGCAUCAACAACACCAACAAUUUCACCCUGGAAAUCCAACCCAUAAUCAUUCUUGGCACCAGGUGCUACUUAAGAUUGAGUAGGCGAUAGGCAAGUAAAAUCCUCUCCCAACGAAGCAAAAUCAAACUCUACAAGUUGCUCAUUUCCGUCCUGCUUUAUGGUGCAGAAGCGUUUACUAUGUCGAUAUCCUCUAAGACGCCACUAGAAGUUUUCGAGAGAAAGGUUCUGCGUAAGAUUUAUGGUCCUCUUAACAUUGGCAACGGCGAAUUCCGCAGACGAUGGAACGAUGAGCUGUACGAGUUAUACGACGACAUUGACAUAGUCCAGCGAAUAAAAAGACAACUGCUACGCUGGCUAGGUCAUAUUGUCCGAAUGGACUAAAACACUCCAGCUCUGAAAGUUUUCUAUACAGUACCCGCUGGAGGAUCCCCGGAAGAGGACUACCUCCACUCCGUUGGAAAGACCAGACCCGUUGGAGGAAGCCCCGGAAGAGGACUACAUCCACUCCGUUGGAAAGACCAGACGGAAAGCGACCUGGUUUCACUUGGGAUUUCCAACUGGUCCCGAAUUGUAAGGGCUAUUCUCGAUUCGGCUAUAAUCGGAUAAACAGUUCCUACGGCAAUUGCAUCUGAGCUUAGAGCUUUAUAUCCCUAACAAAAAGGCCUGAAUAUGACUUAAAUAAACAAACUUUUCAAAAUUGUGUCUGAACAAAUGUCUUUGUUAAUUGUACAUACCAAUUCCCAUCGCUGUUUCCCAUACCAGCCAUUACUCACUAAUUCAUGCCACUCAGAUAGUUUGUACCACAAAAGGCUUCCUCUCAAGCUUCACAUCGCCGGUGAAGUUUAGUAGUGGCCGGAUGAAGUUAAAGUUGUUGACUUCUGGUUACAGCUCACGCCGCUAAGUGGCUCACUGCAAUUUGCUUCAACACAACCAAGACAGCGACAGCCAUUUAUUGUGGAAGAGACACGCGCUGAGACGAUGAGCAUAAUUUCUGGGCAACUUGCCAAGAAGUCGAGCCAAAUUUAGUUAAAUUAUUAUUGUUGUUGUUGUUUCUUGUCAUUAUUUGCGGUUGCCGUGCCACUUGUGUUUGCUACAAAUAUUGUUGUUAAUGACGCUGUUGAAGCCAGCGCGACAUGUUGACUCUGCAAAGCUGCUCAUAAAAACUGAUAAGCCGCCCGCCUGGCUUCUGCUAGGCGCUGCCAUGCGCUCUUUACGAAGUUGUGCAUCCAUUACAUCAUUGUUGUUGUUGCUUUGCUAAUUUCUAUGCCCACUUGUGGCAAUACUUCAAGUUCUUGUUGUUGUUGUUGAUGGUAUAAGUGGUAUAAGUACGAGUAUAUUGACAAAGUAAAUACUUUCCCUACUUCAGUUCGAGUCUGCGCCGACUGUUCAAAAGCAAAUUUCGGCAAAGUGGCCAUUAAGUGGCACUUCUUCAUCACAACGCUGCCUAAUGAUUUUGCGUCGCCACACUUGUCGAUUGUUUGCUCGGUGUGAUUAUGAGUGAGAGUCCCUUAAUUGGCUCAUCAUGCGAAUUGCUCGUUUGGGCUGACUGCACAAGCUGGUCGAGUGCGCCGACUUUGAGCCUGGUUUUAAGUGCGACAGGUAUGAAUUAAUGCAUGCAUACAGGGUGUUUGUGCAAGUUUUUCAAUUUACUAUCAUUUAAGUGGAUAAAGCUAUAUUUAUUUAAACAGUCCAUCAUAAUCUGAAUUGAUGCAAUCUGGAAACCAGUGUCCUGUUCGGUACUUUUGGGUCUCAUGCCUUGUGGGCAUUUUAAUUGUAAUUGAAUGCAGCAAUCGUCUUUCUUAAGUAUAAUAAUAAAACUAUAUCGAUUGAUGUAGCCAUUUAUAAUGCAAUCUUGUCGAGUGAUACAAAUUCUAGGUGCCAGUCCAAAUUGUUUACUUUCAUGGCCAUGGUGUUCCAGUUAUUAAUGUUGCAGGUCCAUAUUAAUAAUACAGUUUCGGAAAUGUAGUACAUUUUAUAUACAAGGGGUUGGAUAAAAUAUUAUAUAAAGGGUAUCUCAAUAUCGUCUCCCACAAGUCCAAUGAACCCAUAAUCUUCAACCAUAUGAAAGGAGCACUCACCCUAUAUAGUUAUAUAUAAUUGAUAGUGUGUCUAUAAUUCCAGGUAGUAAAAUAACCGUUAAUUUAAUGUUAGAUAAUUGGUUGCAUGCCACAUGCAAAUCGUAUAAUUAAACGCAUAACAAAUUAAAGUGACAAUCAUGAACAGAGAUGGAAAAAAUACUGCUGAUUAUUCGAUUUAUUUCUGAACUAUAUCGUUAUUUCCAGCAAACAACAUUCAUUAAAACCCAUAUACAAGCUCAUGGAAACGAUUCUUAGCAUAUAUAGCCAAGCAAGAUAGAUAGUCGAACUCAGUCUUAGUUCAGGAAAAAUAAUAAUUAAUUGAAGAGAUAUGUUAUGUACUAUAUAUAGAAACACAUAGCCCAAAAUAAAUAUUAUGUUCAAAAACCAUCAUAUUCAUAGUGUUUUUAUACACUCGCAACACAAGUUGUUAAUAGAGUAUUAUAGUUUUGUUCACAUAACGGUUGGUUAUAAGUCCUAAAACUAAACGAGUUAGAUAUAGGGUUAUAUAUACCAAAGUGAUCAGGGUGAAGAGUAAAGUUCAAAUCCGGUUGUCUGUCUGUCCGCCCGUCUGUCCGUUCGUCCAUGCAAGCUGUAACUUGAGUAAAAAUUGAAAUCGGAUUAAAACUACGAAAAAAUCCUUAACUCAGUAAGGAAAACUACCAGAAACCUUAAAUUUCAUUAUAAAGAUGGUACAGAAGAGCUGCACUCAAAAUGGUAUACAAAAUUUUAAAUGGGCGUGGUUCGACCAAUUUCAAUGAAAUUCGGUUCAUGAUAUCUUCCUAGCUAAUAAUAUGUUGUGAAAAUAGUCUAAAUCGGUUCACAAUCACGCCUACUUCCCAUAUACCAGAACUUUGAAGUCAACACAAAUCGUUUACUUUACAAUAUAUAAAGUAUGCAUUAUGGAAGAUAUCGGAGCAGAACUUUGCAAAAAUAAUCCAUUUUAAGAGUAGUAUCGUCCUUCCAAAAAUCGUCGAAAUCGGUCCAUAAGUUUUCAAGACCCUAUAUAUCGAAUAUGAAGACCUCAUUGCUUCUAACAAAUUUUUGUACCGAAAAUAUGGGUAAGAGGGAAUAUGUUUCUUCUAAUAAUAUGUCUCCGUGCCUAAAAUGUGUGAAAUCGGGUCAUAACUUCACUUAACUUCCAUAUCUCUAAUAUUAUGGUUUUCAACAUUUAAUAGACUUUAUACCAUAUACAUAUAUGCCGAAUAUGUGGGUCAAAUUGUUUGUUAUUAAUAUAUAAAUAUAAAUAAAUAAAUAAAUUGCGAGAGUAUAAAAUGUUCGGUGACACCCGAACUUAGCUCUUCCUGACUUGUUAGUUACAUUUUUCUUUCCUGUGAACUUCUUGUUUGAUGAACAGUUCAUAAAUCCUUAAAAAAAAUUGAAUCUGAUAAUUGGGAACUUUCUUCUACCAUAUCGAUUAGAUGAUCUUCUAAUUUGCCUUUUUUCUCGAAAGACCACAACAUGAUUGUCUUGAUAUAUAGUAUUAUUAGAUAAUCAUUUUCUAACUAAAAUACGCUUUAUAAUUGUCAUUUUCUAUAUUUGGAAAUAUGAAUAUCUUUAUUUUUCUAUACAUUAGCAAAUCAUUGACCGAUAUAAUGAAUCAUCUCAUUACAUUUUCGAAUGGCCUCUAUUAAGCAAUUAUUAUAGUAAACUUUAGGAAGGGUUUUUCAAAAGGGACGCUACAAAAGUAGACCGAUAGGGACUGCAAACGACGCCAUAUUUUCCCCCGCUCCUUUGACAUUUCUCUUCAGUACGAUUUGUCAUUUCAUCAUGGAGUCGAAAUAAUUAAAAUUUACUACCGAAAUUCGGAGUCAGUAGCCUCAACUUUAAGAGCGCUAUGUCCUACGUAACGAUGAUGUCCACGUAAUCUAUUAGUCACCAUUGCAUCUCGAAAAAAUUACGGUUUGGUGGGCUGAAUCGCAUUAAUAACCUCUGAGUAUACCAUACAUACCAUUAUCUACAUUGAAAUCUUUAAAUUGUAGACCCGUUGAACCUCCGUAAGCGUCCCGUGUCUAAAUGCGCACACAUCUAGCCGCAGGCACAUGUCACUUAAGCACACUGACACUUUCGAACUCAACUUAAAUGAAAGCUUGUAAUUUUUUCAAAAAUAAAAUGGUAAUAUUUAUUACAUAAUGCAUGCACACUUAGUUAUAGACAUAGUACAUAUGCAUGUGCUUGCUUCCUUUCAUUCGCACUAACAUCUUACUCACUGCUCACCGCUCUCUCCACGCGCCAUCGUUUCUUCAUUAUUCUCACUAUCUUUCUAGUUUAAGUUUGAAUGGUUAAAUAAGGAUGGCUUUCUUUCGUUUCGUUUCGCCCGUGGAAAACUUUUGCCCUACUCGCUCGCAGUUCGCACAGUCAUUCGGUGAGCAUACGCUUUUAUCAUCAUGUUCAAACGGACAUACAAACAUGGCAACCCUAUGAAUGCUUAGCUGUGUGUGUGUGUGUGGCUUCCUAUCAGUGUGUCGUCUCACGUUAAGUGUGUUUGCGUGACGUGCAGCGGAUUUUUAAAUGCGAAAUUAAUCACUGUCUUGUGGGUAUGGUUGAACUCGUACAAUUUGAUUUGAAGUGAUAUGGCUUUAAGUUGAAAAUUUAAUUUACUAUUCUACUUAAGAGAAUACUAUUUUUAUGCGGAAACGUGUUAUUUUACACAUUUUGCUCGGUUUGUAGCUGAUUUUUUUAUUAACUUGAAUAAAUAUAAGAGGCUUGAAACUCACACACAGCAAUAUAUAAAUGCAGCACCAAUGAAGAUAUCGGAAUAAAAUUUAACAUAGAUACUGCAUUGGAGUUGUGGUCGUUCACUCGGACUAUAAGUUUUCAAGGCUCAAGAUAUCGAGCAUGAAGACCUCACUGCCAAUGGAUAAUUUUUUUACCGAAAAUAUCGGUAUAUCUUUCAGAUAUUUUAAAGAAAUUCGGAGGGAAUUCUUCUAAUAAUAAUCUGUGCCAAAAAUGGUUAAAAUCGGGUCAUCUCUUCCCCUAUAUACCUAAUUAUAGGUUUUUCAAAAAUAAGGUCGGCUUUAUUCGGUUAAUAUAUGAGAUAUCUUAGCAAAAUUAAGUGAGCUUAUAGUCUUGGAUAUAGUGUACCUUGGGGGUGAAAAUGAGUGAAAACUGUUCAAGAAUUACCUCAGCCUAUAUACUAUAUAUGAUGAUUUUUGUUUUCUAGUGGACUUUAUUCCGAAUAUGUGAGUCAAAUUGUGCGUUGUCUGAAUAAAAUUGCAAAAAUACAUUGCAAGAGUAUAAAAUGAUCGAUUGCUCCGGAACUUAGUCAUUCCUUCCUUGCUUAUACGAGAUAUAAUUAAUUAGUAUAUUAAAAGAUAUUCUGCGAAACCGAUUUACUUUCAAAAUAACAUUCUUUAGCAUUACAAACCGAAACUGUGAUUGAUUGACUUAGGAUAGGAACCAAAUUUUCAUUCGACUGAGGCUGGUUAAGACGUCAGUAUUCCUUAAAAUUAUUUGCGUAGUUAGCUUGGCCACUAUUCUCACUUAAACUAGAUUGCCAAACGCUGUCUUAAAUGUGUUUACUAAUUUUACAUUUUAAGUAUCUAAAUUCACUGGUAAUUUUGUAUCUAGAAGCCCAUAAUCUUCUCCUAACAAAAUUAUUUUAAAAUCCGAAAGAUUCUACAGGUUUAGAGGAAAUGUAUGGCCUUUUAUC